GUCAUGGUUACGUUAUUUCAACAGAGUCUCAGUUGUUUGUUACUCUUUGCCUUUGCUUGUUCCUUGUUGUUGUUUAUUGUGAACAAUUAACUGUUGGUUUUGAUUCUGUUCUAAUCAUGUUCGUGUCAAGCAAUUUGAUUAAAUCUCAUCUUCUUACUCGGCUUUGCCGUAAUGCUUUCGCCCAGAGUGUUAAUGGUGCUCACAAAUUACCCGAUUUACCUUAUGAUUUCAAUGCUUUGGAACCAACAAUUUCCGCUGAUAUAAUGAAAUUACAUUACACUAAACAUCACGCCGCUUAUGUGACUAAUUUAAAUGUCGCCGAGGAAAAACUCGCCGAGGCUUUGGCUAAAAAUGAUGUUUCCACCGCCAUCAGCUUGGGACCUGCUUUAAGGUUCAACGGCGGUGGUCACAUUAAUCACUCUAUUUUCUGGCAAAAUUUAUCGCCCAAUGGAGGAGGGCAACCUGAAGGUGCUCUUAUGGAAUCGAUUAAAUCAUCUUUUGGCUCAUUCGAUAAUCUUAAAUCAAUCAUGAAUUCCGCUGCUGUUGGUGUUCAAGGCUCUGGGUGGACUUGGUUAGGUUAUAAUCCAAUUAGCAAGAAUCUUCAAGUAGCUUCUUGUCCUAAUCAAGAUCCUCUCCAAUCAACAACAGGUUUGAUUCCUCUUUUUGGUAUUGAUGUUUGGGAACACGCUUAUUAUUUACAAUAUAAAAAUGUUCGACCUGAUUAUGUUAAGGCCAUUUGGAAUGUCGUUAAUUGGAGAGAUGUUGCUGAUCGAUUAGCUAGAUCAAAAUCUUAAAUAAGAUGAAAUCUCCGAACGAGUUAAUCAAAUUUACGAAUAGAUAUUCACUCAGUGAGAAUCAUUGGAAAAAAAGAGAAGAAAAGAAAUUAAAUUUUCUAAAUUAGGUUGUUUUCCAAUAUCUCGAAUAACAAUAAUCAACUUUUCUGUUCUCUAGAUUUUAGAAUAAAAGAAAAUUUAUUUUCUUCAAAUAAUAAAAUCGCUUCAUUUUGA